AUGUAUUUGCCCAAACGACCAGAUGAAAAAUCUUCGGGUUGCGAUGUUGUUUCCACAGACGCCAUUGCUGAAGUCAAUCAGCAGACGACCGAGUUCUACUUCCUCCCCAUCCCAUCUCGCCUUCGUUACGACCCGGAGAACCCCUUCAGGUUUAGCUACAAAAUGCUUGUUUCGUACGCGAUCGUAGGCUUCAUAAUUACAGCCAAUCUCUACUACUGUCAACCUCUGCUGAUUCAAAUGUCUAAGUCAUUCCAAGUGUCAUAUGAGGGUGUUUCAAGGAUUCCGACAUUCGUACAAGCUGGGCAUGCUUCAGGCCUCCUUUUAAUCUGUCCCUUGGGUGACCUCGUUCACCGACGCCAACUCAUCCUCGCCCUGCUUCUCAUGACCACUUUCUUGACCCUCGGCCUCGCGGUGACCUCCAACCUGCAUCUUUUCGAAGCCCUUUCAUUCCUAUCUGCGGCGACUUCCCUGACCCCACAAAUUCUUGUCCCACUGGCUGCGGAUCUUGCACCUCCGGCGCAGAGCGGAUUCGCAUUCUCAAUCGUCCUGACAGGAAUAAUGCUUGGCGUUCUUUUGGGACGCGUGAUGGCUGGUCUCAUUGCUCAAUUCCUGGCCUGGCGCGUAGUUUACUAUACCUCCUUCGGCCUCCAAUGUCUUAUUCUUGUCUGCAUCUAUCUUUUUUUCCCGGAUUACCCACCACACCGAGCGAACAACGAGUUGGCAUACUGGGAGGUCUUUUGGACAAUGGGAAAAUAUAUUGUAACUGAGCCCCUCGUCAUGCAAAUUGUUAUCAUUAACCUUGGGGCGGCCGCCUGUUUCGCGAAUUAUUGGGUCACGCUCACCUUUCUUCUUGGGGGUGCACCAUACUUCUAUUCCACGCUUGUUAUAGGACUUUUCGGACUCCUUGGCAUGGCUGGGGUAAUGGCUGGACCUAUUUGCGGCCGCAUUGUUGAUAAAAUGGGACCUUGGCACGCGCUUCUGGCCGCUACAUUCAUGCUGCUGCUUUUCCAAGCAGUGCACACUGGGGCCGCCGGAAUUCAUAUUUCAGCUGUGAUUAUUUCGUGCUUCGGGUCAGAUUUAUUCCAGCAGAUACAAAACGUUGCGCUUCCAAAUUUGAUUUUUAGCGUCUCAUCUUCCGCCGCCUCACGACUAAACGCUAUUUAUAUGAUCUCGUACUAUGUUGGUCAGAUGAUCGGAACUUCGGUUGGCACGAAGGUAUUUGUCCGGUAUGGCUGGCGUGCAUCUGCGGCGCUUGGAAUGGCGUGGUACGCAAUGCAAAUCGUCGUGAUCCUAAUAAGAGGACCAAAUUGCCGACGAUACAUUUGGUUUGGCUAUGAGGGGGGAACACGGUUUAGAGGGAGGCAGCAGACCGUGGAUUUCGCUGGGGACCAUUCAACUAUUGCCUCUGAGUCGGAGGAGACUCAAUGCUGA